UCCAGCGGCAUCUAUUCAUGUUGUUUGAUCCUCAAAAUAUUUAAUAUUACAGAACAAACCGAGCAUUUUUUUGAGGAGAUAUUUCCUCAAAAAAAUUAACAAAGACAAUGAGUAAACAAGAUUACAAAACAAAUCGAGCACCAUCUUUUCAUGUCUUUUCUGAUUCAUACCAUCUUUACAUGUCUCACCAAACAACGCUACCAAACCAACAUUAGGACAUCUUAAAAGGCUCUUAAAAUCCACCCCAACUUCCCUGCCCAAACAAUCAGAUCUCCUGAUCCUCACAAUCCGAACCACCAAAUCUCCCAUCAACAGAACACUAUCUUCAAACGGAGAUGAGUAUCUAUUCUUACAUGCUUCUUUUACUGCUACUCACAGUCACAGUCCCUUCAUCAAAAAGCAAACCAGAUAGUAUCGACCAAGCAGAGCUACAGUCAGCCAUCCGCGACAUGAGAUCGAAAUACUACUACGGAUUCGUUAUGCUAUUAGAAAUGUUGCUCAACUCCCCAAAUUAUACUGCUUUACAAGGCCCUGACGUAACGUUCCUCAUGCCGGACGAUGAAGAACUUUCAGUACUAUCUAUAUCUCCCGACGGACUAACAGAUUUCAUGCUCAACCAUUCGAUCCCAAGAUGUAUGAACUACGAAGAUUUUGCACACAUGCCUGCGGGAACCAUGAUUCCAACAAAUUUACCGAGAAACAUGCUCAGAAUUAUUACAGAUAGAAGUGCACAUGUGUUUGUCAAUCAGGCACGAAUUGUAGCUCCAGAUUUGUGCUCAGCUGGUACGAUCAAGUGUCACGGACUCAAUAGGAUUCUAUCCGACAUAAGAAGCAUUAAGAAGCCAAUAAGGAAGCUGCCAGUGCCUCAAGAAAAUACUACCAAAACUUCAGCACCAGGUAGUCCUCCCGGCAGAGUUGAUGAUGAUGAUGACGACCAAGAUUAAACUCCUACUGGAGUUGAUCUACAUGAUACUCUUUUAGAUUGGUACCAGGGUUAAGAUACCUAUUCUGCGUUUCUAAGUUUCAAAUUCUCACUGAAUAAAUGUAGUUCAUAUUAUCCGUCCAAACAGAUAAUUUUUCAAUUAUGAAUAGACUUUGUUGCCUAUGGUGUAUGCUUAACCAAUGCCCAUAUCUAAUGCAG